AUCAGGAAUUAAAGCUUACCACUUAUGGUACCAAGUAGUAAAAGCCGGCAAUGGAUCGUGAGAUGGUACGGAAGUACAGCCGUCAGUUCCCACGACUCUGGAUCCCCGAGAAGGGCCUCUCCAAUAGAGGUUUUAGCCAAUCAAUGCCCGUAAUCUGGAUACAUACCUAGGUAAGGUGUUGUACAAUACAUACACACCCAAGGUAGCUUCUGUACAAUACCUAAGGUAUUCAAAGCAGCAAACCCGGCGAGUGCCCGAAAAUGAGACCGGGAGUCGGAUUGUGUCACCUUGGUUUCUGACCAAGAGCCCCCGGCACCCUCGGCGUUCAGCCUGACCUGAUUAUCUUCACCUUCCAUUGAUUGCCGUCGCAAGGAUGAGCACACCAAAAUACCUCACUGGCGAUGUUGCCGCCAUCAAUGAAUUUAUCGAUCAGUUUGAUGUCUUUCUGUUGGACUGUGAUGGGGUGAUAUGGUCCGGUGACCAUGUCUUUGAGGGUAUCCCCCAGACGUUGGAACUGCUGCGAUCCAGAGGCAAGAAAGUUGUUUUCGUGACAAACAACUCGACAAAGUCCCGUCAGGAAUAUGUCAAGAAAUUCACCGCCCUGGGUAUUCCUUCCGAGGCAGAAGAGAUCUUCGGCUCGGCCUAUUCCUCCGCCAUCUACAUCUCGAGGAUCCUUAAGCUUGCCCCGCCAAAGAACAAGGUAUUUGUUAUCGGCGAGGCUGGCAUCGAGAAUGAGCUGCGUAGCGAGAAUAUCCCCUUCAUCGGCGGCACCGACCCGGCCUUCAGGAGAGACAUGACUCCGGAAGACUGGAAAGGCAUCGCGGACGGGACUCUGCUGGACCCGGACGUAGGCUGCGUGCUCGCCGGCUUAGACUUCCACAUCAACUACCUGAAGCUGUCGCAUGCGCUGCAGUACCUCAGACGGGGCGCGGUCUUUCUGGCGACAAACAUCGACUCGACCUUUCCCAUGAACCACAACUUCUUCCCCGGAGCGGGAUCCAUGUCCAUGCCCCUUGCGUACAUGACGGGUCAGCAGCCGCUGGCGCUGGGCAAGCCGAGCCAGGCCAUGAUGCACGCCAUUGAGGGCAAGUUCCAGCUGAACCGCGAGCGCACUUGCAUGGUCGGAGACCGCCUGAACACGGACAUCAAGUUCGGAAUAGAGGGGAGACUAGGCGGGACACUGGCGGUCCUGACAGGCGUGAGCCAGCAGGCGGAUUGGGAGGCGGCCGAUGCAGUGGCCGUGCCGGCAUUCUAUGUCGACAAACUCAGUGACCUCGGCGCUGCGGCACGGGUAGACACGCAAUGACGGUAACUGACGGUUAAUUGGUGGAAUUGAACGGGGAGUGUCCCAGAGCAGCAAGACUGGGCGCAGCAACAGAUAGAAGGCAUGUAGGACAGUAGGACGAGGUGAAGGAGGCUGGCGCGGAUAGCGCUGCGUGUUGGUCUCUAUUGCAGUCGCAGGUGCUUGAUCGGAUAUAGAAAGCGGCCAAUAGAUCUUUGUCCUUCGAGAGCGAGGGGCAUCCAAUACCAAGGAAUGUCGAGACUUGGGGGCAUUAUUAGCGCUGUCUCUGGCUAGGCGUGCCGAGCAGUUGACGGUAGCACUCGUUCCGGAACCUGUCCCUCGAUGACGGCCGUUGUGGAUUGGCAGCGUUGAAAAUGGGCUC